AUGACAGAGGAUAUAAUUGAAAAUUCAAAACCAAGAACCACAUCAAUUUUUGUAGGAAAUCUUGGAUUGAAUGUUGAUGAAAAUGAUUUAAGAGAAUUAUUCCAGGAAUUUGAAAUUGAAUCUAUUACUAUAUCAAAAUCAAAAAAUCAAAUGAUAUUAAAUUUAUACUCAAUUAUUACAAUCAAUGGUACUGUUGAUAUUAAAGAAGCUAAAUCAAAAUACGAUAAUUAUAAAUUGAAGGAUACAAAUAUAAGAGUUCACCCAGUAAGAAGGCCACAGCUUAAAAGAAAAUCGAGUGCUAGGUCAUCAAAUUCAUUUAAUAGCCAAAGAUCGAUGUUGUCUAGAUCUUCAUCCAAAAAUUUACAGAAGGAGAAAUCUAAAGAUACUGUAUAUGUAAAUAAUGUCUCAUAUGAAACUACAAAGGAGGAAAUUGCUGAUUUUUUUGGAACGAAUAUUGAUAUGGUUGUUUUACCAAUGCGAAAGAUUAAAAAUCACAAGACAAAUAAAAUACAUUUCUCAAGGAAAUUUAAUAAAGGUAUUGCGUUUGUCACAUUUCCUGAACUAGAUAAAGAUAUAACCGAAAUCGUUGAUAAAUUUCAAGGUAAAAAAUUAAAUGAUAGAAUACUAGCUACUGAUAUAGCAUUGCUCAGAGAGCCCAAUAAUAGAACACAAAUUUAG